AUGAACUCCAAAUCCCUCCGCCGCCUCGCCGCAGACCACGCCUCCCUCCACACCGCCGGCCUGCCCCCAAAUUAUCUAUUCCCACCGGGGUCCGACGAUAAUAGCUCAGACCUAACUACGCUUGACGUCCUGCUCGCCGGUCCUGUUGGCACACCCUACGCAGGCGGCGUAUGGCGCCUCCACCUCGACAUCCCACCCACAUACCCCACCGCACCGCCCACAGCGCAGUUCCGAACACGACUAUGGCAUCCGAAUGUUGAUGAGGCGACGGGGGCGGUGUGUGUGGAGACACUGAAGAGGGACUGGAGUAGCACGCUCAAACUCCGCGAUGUGCUUGUUACGAUAUCCUGCCUACUCAUACAACCAAACCCAGCGAGUGCGCUGAACGAAGCAGCAGGCAAACUAGCCACAGAGGACUGGGAGGGUUAUUGUAGGCGGGCGAGGCUUAUGACGGAUAUCCACGCCGCGAUACCGAGGGAUAUCGAGCAAUACGUGAGGGAAGCACAGAUGCGAGGCGAAGAUAAAACCACAGAGCCGGAACAAGCCAUCGCGAAACCACAUUCAAAAGGCAAAGAAACAGAGCGGGUUAAAAUCACGCCUGCAGGACCCAAACUCACGCGCAUGAAGAGUGAGGAUGAGGAGAAUAGGAGUAGGAGGGGUGGGACUCAAGAUGCGGAGAGCGGGACUGAGGACGACGCGGUGACUGGGCAGAGGGGUGGGAUAAGGAGGAGUAAGGUGCCUGAGUCGCGCAGACAGGGUAAUGUCUUUGGGAUUAAGGGCUUGGGCGAUGGGAUGCAGCUUGAUUCACCACCGCCGAAGAGGAUUUUCGCUGUGCCGGGUGCGCAUACGCCGCCUGUUUCUACGCCGAACGAGAACGGGAAAGAGAAAGGGGAUGGGAAUGGGGAUGGGGUUGGAGAUGGAGAGGAAACAGACCCGUUUACGACUGUCACGUCGAAACGGAAUACAUACACAGAGUCCGACGCCGAUCCUCGAUUUCCCGCCACCACAGGAACAGGAAGAGAGACAGGAGCAGACACCGAAACCCCCGACCUCCUCAAAUUCUCAACUCAAAACCCCUUCGCUGCUAUACAACCAAACAACCAAACUCACCCUCUCUUCAGAGAGUUUUCGUUUAGUUGGGAAGAUGCGAUGGUGGUGCAUGAUGCUGGUGUCAAAGAAGAUGCGAGGGGCAUGGGAAAAGCGGAUGUACGCAAGAGACACGCGACGGAGGAGUUCGAGAAGAAGGAACGGUGGGAGAUGAAGAGGUUGAGGAGGGCGGGAGGGGAUUUGAAGAGGUUUAAUCGGGGGGAUUGGGGGGUUAGGGUGGGGGUUGGACGGUUGUAG